AGUAUCACCUCGUAGGUGAUUGUAUGAUAUCUUCUCUCUUAAUGAGGCCAUCCCUUUCUCGUAUACCUGGUGUCACCAUCCUUCGUCGUAGCCUAGCUACACUCAGCAAUCCUCUGCCCGUAGCGCAACUACGGGAGAAGUCGAUGAUGAAGCCAAGCUGCGGCCCUCUACCACAGAGGCUUACUGAGUCAGGACACCCCUGGGUCUACUGGCCAGAGAUAGAGAACAUCAAGGAGUUGAACCCCCUGCCCCCAGGCUCCAUCGUGAGGCUGCUAGGGCCGGAUGGGUCAGACCUUGGACUGGGUCUACUCAAUCGGUCGAGCUCUAUCCCAGUACGAGUGCUCACCAGGAGCUCACCAUCCUCUACAGUGACGGAAGAUUAUAUAUCUGCAUUGCUCCGUCGUCGAGCCCAUAAAGCAGUAUCUCGUAGCUUGGCACUACCCACUAUAGCUCGGCAUCGGUGUGGUAGACUCAUCACAGGGGAGGCUGAUGGUCUGCCCGGAAUCACCUGUGACCUACUGCGAGCUGCUGACGACAAAGGACGUGGCAGUAUACUGAUUUUCAAAUUCGAUACCUACGGGGAAGAGUUCUCAUGGGAUAAGGUCGUCCGAGAUGAGGUGUGCGAUAGCAUUCACGAUAUAACAGCGGUGGUUGUUCAUAAAAUGAACUGGAGGAAGGAGCGCCAUGGGGCCGAUGGCAAGGAAUUCACUACUACACUAGUCCGAGGAAGCGAGAGUGUUCUUGAUGGCGCCUACGUUGUCGAGGGACAAACGCACUUCCAGCUGCCGCUCAUGGAUGUGCAUCAUCAGAGUAUGUGGCCUUUCCAUGAAGCUGAUAUGCGGCAACGAUUACAACCCUGUGUCCGAGGCCGUACUGUGUUGGAUGUCUCCUGUGGGUACGGCGGUUGGGGUAUCAGGGCAGCUAAGGAAGGUGCUGCUGCGGAAGUAGUGAUGCUGGACGAAGCUGUCAGGGCCGUACGCUUUGCCGAAACUAAUUCUAAGAUCAAUGGAGUUGAUGACAAGGUAUCAAUCCUUCUGAGAAAUGACCUCGAGAACGAGCUUGAGGCUAUGGCUGCUUCGAGGCUCUUCUUCGACGUGGUAAUCCUGCAUGCUUAUCCACAAAUUAAGAAACGGGAGAGGGUUUCAUUCGGCCAGCUGGGACGGGAGCUCGUGGCUUCUGCAGAAGGGUGUGUGAGCAUCACGACCGCCUCGAAUAUGCGGGUUGGUUGA